CCGCUCUCCCUCCGCGCCAGGGCGGGCGGUGCGUGCGAGCCAUGGCUGCCGCCAACCCCUGGGAUCCAGCGCCCGCGUCAAACGCUGCUGGGCUCCUGCUGGGCAGUUUCCUAACUUCGGGGCUGGUCACUCAGCAGGAGGUGUUAAACACAUCCAGGAGAUCAGCUGCCUGCUUUGGGAACUUCUCCAGAUUACAGCAGCUCACAAAUAUUCAAGCUGAAAUCUACCAGAAAAACUUGGAAAUUGAACUCUUAAGACUAGAAAAAGAUACAGCAGAUGUUGUUCAUCCUUUCUUUUUAGCUGAGAAAUGUCAUACCCUGCAAAGCAUGAGUAGCCAUUUGGAAGCAGUGCUGAAAGAGAAGAGGUCUCUCAGGCAGAGACUGAUGAAACCUGUAUGCCAGGAAAACUUGCCUAUUGAAGCUGUUUAUCACAGAUACAUGGUACAUUUGCUGGAGUUGGCAGUGAAUUUCAUUGAGAAAUUAGAAACCCAUCUUGAAACAAUUAGAAAUAUCCCCCAUAUAGAUGCAAAUCUUAAGAACAUGAGCAAGGCUUUAGCAAAGAUGGAUAUUUUGGUAACUGAGACAGAAGAACUAGCAGAGAAUAUACUGAAGUGGCGAGAGCAACAAAGAGAAGUUUCCUCUUGUAUCCCUAAAAUAUUAACUGAGUAAAAUUAUCUUCAUGAACAUGACAGUUUAAUGCCUCCUUUACCUUUUGGAAACCCUGGUGGCCUAGUAGUUAAGAGCUAUGGCUGCUAACCAAAAGCUUGACAGUUCGGCUCCACCAGAUGCUCCUUAGAGACCAUAAGGGGCAGUUCUACUCCGUCCUGCAGGGUCACUAUGAGUUGGAAUUGACUCAGUGGCAGUGGGUUUGUUUUGCUUUGUUUUACCUUUUAAUUCUAAAGUUCAUGUCCAAACUACUAAUGCUAAAUGAACAUCACCUGUUUAUUUUUGCUUAAAACAACAACAAAAAAAACCCCACUGUCAUCAGUUGCUUACUUAUAUAUAACCAUAAGUCUGUUUCUAAUGACAUGUGACCUGAGUGUUCAUAGGCUUUGCAGCUAGCAAUACUGAAAGAACCCUCUGUAUAUUAAAGUACCAGGAUUCCAGGUUCAUUAAGACCAAACUGAAUUUUCCUUUUUUUCCCAUAAAAUUUCUUUCCACUUUUCGGUGAAACUAGUGAGGAUCAAAUAAUAGCUAUAAAAGUUUAUUGACAUGAGUGAAUUAACCAUUUCUCAGGCAACAGAGUAUUAAAUGUCUUUGUCUUAGUCAUCUAGUGCUGCUAUAACAGAAAUAUCACAAGUGGAUGGCUUUAACAAAGUGUAUUCUCUCACAGUCCGGUAAGCUAGAAGUCUGAAUUCAGGACACUGGCUCCAGGGGAGGGUUUUCUCUGUCGUCUCUGAAGGAAGGUCCUUGUCACCAGUCUUCUCUUGGUCUGGAAGCAUCUCAGCUCGGGAACCUCAGGUCCAAAGGACACGCUUUGCUCCCAGCACUGCUUUCUUGGUGGUAUGAGGUCCUGGACUCUCUGCUUGCUUCCCUUUCAUCUCUUGUAAGAUACAAGGUGGUGCAGGCCAUACCCUGGGGAAACUCCCUUUACUUUGGAUUAGGGAUGUGACCUGAGCAAGAGUGUUACAUUCCCACCCUAAUCCUCUUUAACAAAAAAUUAUAAUGACAAAAUAGAGGACAACCACAGAAUACUGGCAAUCAUGGCCUAACCAAGUUGAUACAUUUUUGGGGGGACAUAAUUCAACCCAUGACAGUCUUUAACCAUGCAUAUUCCUGAAUUGAAAGAGUCUUCUUGAACCUGAAACUGUCUAUGCCAGUUAUUCCUGUGGAAUUGUGACCAAGUGUGCAGCAAAGCGUUAACAUAGCAAGCCUGACUUUGAAAGACCUGCUUACAAGGUUGGCCCUUGACUGGCAUCUGACAAGUUAGAUUUCAGGAGUGUUCCCGUCACACUACGUGAUAAGAGUGGCUAAUUGUGUAGUUUAUGCUGAACACUUGGUUUCCUUCUGGGAGUCUAGAAUUUUGGUACAUGUGAGGUAGAGGGUGUUUACAUGAUUAGUCCCCAGUAAAAACCCAGGGCACUGCGUCUCUAAUGAGCUUCCCUGGUAGACAACAUUUCACGCUUCUUGUCAACAUGUUGCUGGAAGAAUUAAGUGCAUGCUAUAUGACUCCACAGGGAGAGGACUCUAAAAGCUUGUGCCUGGUUUCCUCUGGACUUUGCCCCACAUGCCUUUUCCCUUUGCUAUUAUUUUGCUUUGUAUCCUUUCACUGUAAUAAGUCAUAGUUGUGAGUGUGAUGAUACAUGCUGAGUCCUGUGAGUCCUCCUAGCGAAUCAUUGAACUUGGGAGUAGUUUUGGGGACCCCUAACACACUAAGCAAUUCUGGGGGGUAUUCACUGGCAGCCUUAGGUAUAGGCAGAGAAAAAAAGUAAAGAAAAACGGCACACUCUAAGAAAACCUUAGAGGUUUACCUUAUGAAGUGCUCGGAUACCUUGUGUAGUCUAAUUGUGCAUGUAACAGGGAGGUGUAUACUGAUACAGCUGACUUAGAAGGUACUGGUUUGUGUCAGUAGUGUAUGUACCCCUGGCUUAUUGUAUUUUCAGACUUGCAGUUCUCUUUAAAAUGUGUACAUAUGGUCAUGGUCCCCAAACCUUCUGUUGGCCCAGGACAGGAACCAUUCCCGAAGACAUAAUUCAACCCAUGACAGUCUUUAACCAUGCAUAUUCCUGAAUUGUAAGAGUCUUCAAUCAGACAUGGAAGGGACUGGACAGUGGGUAGGAGACAGAUGCUGAUGAAGAGUGAGCUAUUUGUAUCAGGUGGACACUUGAGACUGUGUUGGCAUCUCCUGUCUGGAGGGGGAUGGGAGGGUAGAGAGGGUUGGAAGCUGGCAAAAUUGUCAGGAAAGGAGAGACUGGAAGGGCUGACUCAUUAGUGGGAGAGCAAGUGGGAGUAUGGAGUAAGGUGUAUAUAAACUUAUAUGUGACAGACUGAUUUGAUUUGUAAACGUUCACUUGAAGCUCAAUAAAAAUUAAAAAAAAAAGUGUACAUAUGUAUUUUUGUACUGUUGGAUUCUCUAUAUUACAUGGGGUCAGUGAUCCGUGUAUUCAUCACACUUUAACACAAGAAAACUUCAGAACAUAGUAAAUAUGAGUAAAUUGUUCCUAAGCAAAUAGGAUUAUUAAAAAAAAAUCCUGGUGAAACAACCAGGGAUCAUGUUUUGAAGUCUACUUUGCUGACUUGUGCAAAUGGAAUAUAGAAGAGUGGUUAUAAUAUCUUAAGCAUCACCUAACACUUGAGCAAAGCGUUCAGUUGUAUUUCAUCAGAAAUCUGUUUAAGCUCAGCCUUGGUUUCAAUGCCUUAUUACGUGAUUUCCUGUGUUAGUUUAUAUAUAUGUAUAUAUCUUUCAUGUUAUGAAUGUUGAUAUGUCUGCUUGUUUUGUUUUUGUUUUAAUCUUUUUCAAAAUAUUGAAAUAAACCUGUAAUUUCUAACUAAAAUUUUGUAGCCCUUGUGUGAAUCCUAAGCGAACAAAGCAAUGAUUCCCUGUUUAGCUUACACAGUUAAAGCAUAGGCAGUUCGACUUAAAAAGCGUCAGUCAGGUAAACUGAGCCUGAGGUCUACUCAGAGAGAGAAGAUAAUUUAGUACUAGGGUAGAACAUCUCGCCGGACAGCGCUCACUUCAGACUCCUCCCCUCACUCCAAGCCCCUUCCCCACUUCUGUCUUCAAAGAGGAACACUGUUCCCUGGCUGGGACAGCAGAAACAGGUGUCUCCCGUUUCAUUUCGGCCCCUAAAAUUUAACCACAGA